AAAAAAUUAAAGAUAAAACCAACUCUUUCUCUUUCUCUCUCUCUCCCCGUCUCUCUCGAUAUCGACGGAAUAUGGCGUCGGGUUGCGUUAAAAAUGUUGGUACCUCGGCGAGUCACUCUUGGACGAGCUCCAAAAUGUCAUUGACCCGUGAAUCUCAACCGUCGGAAGAUCUUGCCGACGACUUUGAGUUUCUUCUCGAAGAUCCCGUCACAAUGCUGUCCGCCGACGAGCUUUUCUCCGACGGAAAGCUAGUCCCGCUUAAGUUUUCCGGCGUGACUAAUUCAGAGGAGAAGCCUAUAACGUCGGCGGUUAACACAACGGUUAAACCAUGUCGAAGAAUAGAGAUGGAGAUCUCCGGCGUCGCCGAUCCUUACCUCUUCUCUCCGAGAGCUCCUCGUUGCACCGUGAGAUGGCGUGAGCUUUUAGGUCUUAAGAGACUCGCUAAAACGCAAGAAGAAGCGUCAGCUUCAGCUUCGUCGCGUUUGUCAUCUUCUUCUCCAAACCCAAAAACGGCAUCGUUUAGACAUUUUCUCAACCGGGGUUCCAAAUCCACCGCUCAACCACCGUCUCCUCCGCCGCCGGGAAAAGACUCAGACGUCUUGGAGUCUUCGUCAACGUCGAUCUCCUCGUCGCGCCUCUCGCUCUCGUCGUCUUCGUCCUCCGGUCACGAGCUCGAGGACCUUCCAAGACUAUCUCUAGAUCUUGACAACAAACCCGGAACACCAAACCCUUUCGGUCGGCCACGUGCCAACCACCACCACCACCACUUACGCAACCUGAACCAUCCGAGGAAGCCAAGACGUCACACGCCGGCUGAUGAAUCGACAGAGAGUAGUAUCGAGUCAAGGGGAAUGACGGUGACGGCUGAUAGUCCAAGACUCAAUGCAUCAGGGAAGAUCGUGUUUCAUGGACUGGAGAGAAGCUCAAGCAGUCCCGGUAACUUCACCGGAGGACCAAGAAUGAAGCUCCACCAUGGAAUGCCGAGAUCUCACUCCGCUAAUGUAAGAAUCACUCCUGUCCUCAAUGUUCCUGUCUCUUCUCUCCGUAGCGGACCCAAAUCAGGUCUCUUCUUUGGUCAACUUUUCGCUUCUUCUUCAUCGUCUUCGUCGUCCGGAAACAGAGCUCAGCUGCAGAGCAACAACACAAAGAACCGUACAAAUCGAACCAGACUUGAACCGACCAGUGAACUCUAAAGAACCAAACCGGAUUCUAAAUUGUAUUUUAGGGGGGUUAAAACAUUCGCUUUUAGUUUAUUAUUGGGGCUGUUUCGUUAGAUGAGAUUAGAAUUUGGGUUCAGAAUGUAAUUAAGGUUAAGUAUUUUGAGAAUUGUAUUGUAUUUUUUUUCCGUUGAGGUUAUUGUACGUAGAGAGCGAGCGGGUUGUUCGAUACAGCCCAAGUCAGUAGUCAUUAAUUACUGUAGCGAGAGGAAGUGCUUCCCAUGUUCAGAGAUGGAUUCCGAAGAUAUUAACCACAUGCUUAGAUAAUAUAAACUAGUUUUUUUUGACUCAUUGGCACAGUCAGUCUGUUGUGUACUUUAUCAUGAAAUUUGUAUUUACACUU